AUGGCAGAAGUUCUAGGAGCCUCACCGUUACAAGUACUGGCUGUGCUUGGAGGCGUGGCAGCACAUGUAUCCCUCUUCCGAGUUGGAGAAUGGGACCGUUCGCUCCCCAAGAUUGCUGGCACGCUGAUCACUGCGAAUCUUGCAGCUGCGGCUGUUAUCAGCUACGUGUUGACAAACGGAGGGAUAUCAGUGGCGGGGGCACUCAAGGACACGUCGAAAUUGACGGCAUGGUGGGUAGUCGGGGUGUACGCGAGCAUGCUCAUAUAUCGCGUUUUCUUCCACCGUCUCCACCGUUUUCCGGGGCCGUUUAUGGGCCGGGUGAGCAAUCUUAACACGACGAGGUUGUCUGUCAAGGAGUUCAAGCUCUUCAAGGAGAUCCAGGCGCUGCAUAAGAAGCAUGGUGAUUUCGUACGCAUUGGGCCUCGUGAGCUAUCGAUCAACAAUGCCGACGCAGUCGAUGUGGUACACUCUGCGAGAUCGAAGUGUACAAAGGGUCCCUGGUACAGUAUUCACCACCCUCAAGUUUCUCUACAGCAAACACGCAACAAACUCGAGCACUCCCGGCGCAGAAAGAUCUGGGACAAGGCUUUCAACUCCAAAAACAUCCGUGAAUAUGAACCGCGCGUCACGGGACACACAGAGCAACUACUCACACAAAUCGAGAGACUCCACAAUGAGCCCAUCAACGUCACCGACUGGUUCAACUUCUACAGCUUCGACGUCAUGGGCGACCUCUCGUUCGGCAAGUCGUUUGGCAUGCUCCAGGAAGGCGUGGUUCAUUACUUCAUGAAAGCCCUCCAUGGCUUCAUGAAGGUCGUGGGUAUAUUCAGUCGCAUGGGCUACGUGUUCCCCAUCUUCCGCAUGACCCCAGUUCUGAAUGCAGAGGACAAGAAAUUCUGGCGGUUUGUCGUCGACGAGACCGAGGGUAGGCGCAAGAACCCGCCUUCGCGCCCAGACAUCAUGUCCUGGCUCCUCGAGGAGUACGAGCAGAAAAAGAGCCACACGUAUCAGGAGCGCGUCAAUCUGUACGGCGAUUCGCAACUGAUCAUUGUCGCUGGAAGCGACACAACCGCCGCCACCCUAACGACCCUCUUCUUCGAACUCUCACAGCACCCGAAAGUCCAGCAAGCCCUCCAGCAAGAGAUCGACCAGCUCUUUGACGACGCCGGCGCCGACGUCAUCGACGCCCAAUCGCUGUCCAAACUCAGCUAUCUCAACGCCGUCAUCCAAGAAACCCUCCGCUUGCACCCUCCCGUGCCAUCAGGCUUGCAGCGUGUGACGCCUUACGGGGGCGUUGAGAUCGCCGGGACGUUCAUCCCGGGCGACACCAUCGUGCAAGUACCCAUCUACACGCUGCAGCGUGAUGCGCGCAAUUUCCCGCGGCCGGAUGAGUUUAUUCCCGAGCGGUGGACCACGAUGCCGGAGCUGGUGAAGGAGGAGAAGUGCUACAUGCCGUUCUCGACAGGUCCUGAUGGAUGUGUUGGUAAACAGCUUGGGCUGAUGGAAGUCCGCCAGGUCACGUCGCAGCUUGUGCGGAGGUAUAGCGUCAAGUUUGCCCCGGGGCAGAAGCCAGAGGACUUUGAGAAUAGCAUUGAGGAUACCUUCACGACCGCGCUUGGGCCGCUCAGGUUGAAGUUUGAUGACAGGAAGCAUGUUCAUGGGAAAGCGUGA